UUACGCAUUCGAAACGCUCCUCUUUCCUUCCAAUCACUGCCUCUCUUUCCCUCCAAUACUCGAUACACAUACGAACACUGAUGGCGAACGGCAGCGAAGAUCCGAGCCGUACAAAUCAGCGGUCGCAGUUUCAAUUCCAGUUGCUCCAUUCGCAGUCUCAGAAGAAUCAUGCCUCUUCUUCUCCGAUGACGGAGAAUCUUUUCUUUCAUUCUUUCACUCGGCAACCGCCACAACCUUUCACCUCUGUUGUCCCUCCUUGCAGUACCGCUGACGAUCAAUGGCCUUUUAUUAAGCAAGAGUUUAACCAAACCAAUGGAAUAGUGAAUGGUGGUGCUCAGAGUAGUGGACGAUCAGUCAUCCCUAAGCAUAACUGUAAAUCAAAGGUCAAAAAACUGGCCAAGUGUGCGACUCAAAAACUAGAUGUUGAUUCUGUAAGUGGUGCAAACCCUGGUUGUCGAUACGAAUGUUCCUUAGGCUUGUUAACAAAAAAAUUCGUCAGUUUGAUCCAGGGGGCAGAGGAUGGAACCCUUGAUCUGAAUAAAACUGCAGAAGCAUUGCAGGUCCAAAAGAGGAGGAUAUAUGACAUUACAAAUGUUCUUGAAGGAAUAGGAUUGAUAGAGAAGACUUCGAAAAACCACAUACACUUUAAGGGAUCUGACAGUUUGUGGCCAAGAGAGCUGGAUGAUCAAGUUUCUAGGUUAAAGACUGAAGUCGAAAAUCUAUCUGCUGAAGAGUGCAGGAUCGAUGACUGUAUAAGGGAAAAGCAAGAGCUUCUGAGGGCUUUAAAGGAAGAAGAAACUAAUGAAAAGUAUCUAUUUUUAACAAAGGAAGAAAUAAGCAGCGUUCCACACUUCCAGAAUCAAAUACUUAUGGCACUAAAAGCUCCUCAAGCUAGUUGUAUUGAGGUUCCUGAUCCUGAUGAGGAGCAGGAUGUUGGUUUUUCUCAAAGGCAGUAUAGAAUGAUCAUUAGAAGUAUGACUGGACCGAUUGAUUUGUAUCUCUUAAGCGAAAAAGAAGGCAAAGGCCAAGAUAACAGGGCAGCAAAAGCAGCAGGAGUUUCUAUAAAAUACAAGGGUAAUCAAAAUAAUUCUUCAGAAUCUUUGAGCUCACCGGACUUGGAUACCUCUGAAAUUCGGAAGAUAAUUCCUCCAUACUAUGAUAUUGAUGAUGAUUAUUGGUUCCGAACAGGCGCUGAAGUGAGCCUUACAGAUUUGUGGAGUAAUUAAUUCCUCAUCACAAAGUUCAACCUUUCUGAUUCCUGAAAAGUCCAGUUGGGAUAAUAUGACAUCUUCCUAUACCCGAGUUAAGAAACAGUAUAUACUAACCACAUUCGUCCCAAGCUCCCAAUAACUUAAACCAAACUAGGAUUGUCGCUGAUGGAUGAUGGUCUAAUCCCAGAGGAUUCCCUGAUGAAGCUUCUUCAGUGAGGUAAUAGUUGAUCCUCUUUUAUCAUAUCUGAUAUUUUAUAUUAGUCGUAAAUGAUAUUGUAUUAAGUGAUUGCUUAGGUUGACUCAAGGGUGGUUUGAAAGUGUAAAUCUUUGGUUAGUUGAUUUUGGUGAAGAUCAAGAUAGUUGUAUUGCAUGCUUCAUUUUAUGCUAAGCCUGUGCAACACUUUUAA